UCAAGGUUAGAUGAAGAAGUGAGUAUUGCAGUCAGUGCGCUGCUGCCUCCCAGCGUACAGCAGCUAGUAGAUUGGUCUGUCUUUAAAAUACAUCUGUUUCCCCCCUUUUUUAAAACUAGUGGGUAGUUAUUUCUGUUAAUAUUUAUAUUUUUUCGGAUGUUUAACAAGGACCACACGACUAAGCCCGAGAAGAACCGAGGAAGUGUGAGGCUUUAGAGUUUUUGGCAAUCCUUUUGGGCUGCCUUUACUCUGCUUUUAUUAUCGGCUGUUUUCCAAGAAGGGAUUUUUUUCGGCGACCCGAGGAAACAUGAGCUUUCUUUUUGGAAAUCGUUCAUCCAAAACAUUCAAGCCCAAGAAGAACAUCCCGGAGGGUUCUCAUCAGUAUGAGCUGCUGAAACAUGCAGAGGCUACUCUGGGGAGUGGAAACCUGCGCAUGGCAGUCAUGUUGCCUGAGGGUGAAGACUUAAAUGAGUGGGUCGCAGUCAACACUGUGGACUUCUUCAACCAGAUCAACAUGCUGUAUGGCACCAUCACAGAUUUUUGCACUGAGGAAAGCUGUCCAGUCAUGUCUGCUGGUCCUAAGUAUGAGUACCACUGGGCUGAUGGAACCAACAUCAAGAAGCCCAUCAAAUGCUCUGCUCCCAAGUAUAUUGAUUACCUCAUGACUUGGGUGCAAGACCAGCUCGACGAUGAGACGCUUUUCCCUUCAAAGAUCGGCGUGCCCUUUAAGCGUAAUUUUAUGUCUGUGGCGAAGACCAUUCUGAAGCGUCUGUUCAGGGUCUACGCCCACAUCUACCACCAGCACUUUGACUCCGUCAUGCAGCUCCAAGAGGAGGCCCACCUCAACACAUCAUUCAAACACUUCAUCUUUUUUGUUCAGGAGUUCAACCUCAUUGACAGGAAAGAGUUGGUCCCACUACAGGAGCUGAUUGAAAAACUGACAACCAAGGAUAGAUAAACAGCCCUGUAAUCCUUAUUUUAUUGCUCUUCUAGUUUUUGCACAGAUACCCACCCACCCCCACCCUGGCUAUAUGUAUGCAGUAUGUACCGUUUCCAUUUGGGGAAAUGUUUUUAAUAAGGCCAGGAAGAAGGAAGGGUGUUGUUAGGUUAAAGGCACCAGGACUAAUGCUAUCAGGGAUUAAGUUAAUUGAGCAAACCACAGAUUAACAUUAGCUGUAUGGGGGGAAAAAAAGAAAUUUCCCUUAUAUUCUAUCACGGCUUACUUUAAGAUAAGAUGGAUAUAUGUUUAUUAAUUUUCUACCUGACUGCACAGAUGUUUUGUUUUUGUCCCACUUGAAUUUAAGAUAACAUACUAUUAGGUUCCAGCUCCAUCAUAGAAGAGAGUAGCGAUUAAGCAGAGAUGCUGUAUCAUAGGGUGGUGUGAUAAAUAACUGAAUAUUAUUGGUUUAUUUUAACAUUGAUUUGAUUUGAUCUAGGUUUGCUACUGUCCACAUCUGUAAUAUCAUAACAUCAGUCACAAAAGAAUCCUAAGUGCCUAGCAUGGCUCAUAAUUGCCCUAGUAUAUCAAAGGCCAUAUAACACUGAUGUGAUUGAUUCAUUCAAUUUUCCUCACCACGUCCCUUUUAAGUUUGUGCUUCUUACACCCCCACCCCUAUUUUUUUUUUUCCUAUGUGUCCUGUAACUUGGCUCAGAAUUAUUUCUUUAUUUCUUCUGCUCCUCGUCGACUUUAUUUAGUUAUAAAGUCUUUUGGCCAAGUUUUAUAAUGUGCAGGCUAUGAUACAUGAAUGUGUUGUGAAGGACAUAGAAGUGAAGCUAGAAUGAUGUUAUGCUGUAGCAGGGACUAAGAAAUGACGAAUCUUGUAGCAUGGUCUAGUAACAUGUCCCUGUGUACUAGUUUUUCCCCUUCAAAAACUUUGAAAUAGUAACAGGUUUUAGAAGGACUUUGAAGGGAUGAAAAACCCGAAAUUGUAGGGAAAUAGAUGUAGAAAUCUGUGUUUAGACUCCACUGUUUGAGACAUGCUAGCAUUAUGAAUUGGAUACAGCAGAAUCCCUUGUUAUCAUACUGGCUGUAAAGCACUUUGAACAGUGUUUCUGAUCUCUAUUUUUUGAAUGUUUUCUUCCUCCUUGCCCCAUGCCCCACCCCCACAUGGAUUGGCUGUGCUUUGGGAGAAGCUGUACCAUGUGACUGACCAUAGUUUAUUUCAUUUAACUCCCUCUUAAAUCAGCUGAAAGGCACAAUUGAGACUUCUUAUUGCUUUCUUUCUUGACUGGUUUGUUGUUGUGGUGAUUCGAAGAGGAGAUUCAUGUACCUUUCUCCAAUCGCAAAGUGUAGUUUUUGACUAUGCAAUAAUUGACACGACACUAAAAGGGGAUGCCAGUUGGCUCAUUCAUACUUUAUAUCCAAUAUUGAGAUUUCUUUAUAGGUCUUCUGUUUGGGUGAAGGAUGCAUACAGAAGUGCUUCUGUCAGGUUAAGUUAAAAAAAAAAAAAAAAAAAAGAACGGUGACAUGAAUAUUUUAUAUCUGAAAUUUGUCAGAGGUAUAACACUUAUAAACGCACAUGUGUAAAUACUGAGAGUUAGACACGUCUUGGAAGUUUCAGUAAGCAUGGAGUGAUAGUUUUUGGUUAAACGAGUGCAUUUAUACCUUUUAGAGGCUGCUUCCUUCUCCCUUUCUUUGGAUAUUAAAAUCUUGUUUGUUUUGAUUGUUCAGUAUCUUCUCAUUUCCAACUUACUUAGCUUAUUAUGAUGAAUGUUACUGCUCACCAGAUAUCUGAAAAUGUAAUAGAAUAUCGGUCAUCCUGCAAGCAUCUCAUCCUUAUGAAAUGCCCGAAACAUAGCCUGUUGCCUAUGGUUUUUCCUCCUCGACUGAAGUAAUUGGUGAAUUGUCUGUAAAUAAAGGCUUGGUAGGGGUUUUCAAUGCUACUGAAUUGAUUUAUGCUGUUUAUAAGGCAAAUAAAGGUGGGCUUGACUCUUUGAAAAACUUGUAUGUUCAUUAUGUACUGUGAGCUCAGCGCUACUGGUGAUCAGAGUAAAGCAUUUAAUAAAGUACUGUACUCAAG